AGUAGUGGAAGGGAGCGGAUUGCUAAUCGAGCGACCUGGCUCCUCCUGAUUUACAGAAACACGGCUGAACGUGGUCAUGUUGUUUACGGUAGGCUUUAUUUCGUGAAAAAGUCCGCACUGGAAUACCAGCCUCGCUGCUAAACGGGCAAAGGAAUUCGUUUUUUGGGACGGAGUAACAACGCCGGUCUGCGGGGAUUGCAAAUCUGAGACGUACGACUCAACGUUAGCUGGCCUAGCCGGACUCUGGAGCUCGUCUCCCAAAACAAGAAUGGGGUCUAGGUCCACUCGGAUUAGCUUGCUAGUAAAGUGACCUUUGGUUGUAUUUUCUGAUGGCAAAUUUCACGAAUUACCAGGAGGGUAAGGCAGCGAUGUUGAUGGUGGAGACUCAGCAGAGAGACGUUGGUACGAAACCUGCGGCAGCCAACGCAAACGGAGACGGCUCGGUCGGGGAACCCCCUUCCCCGUUAAUUAAUAUCGGCGGUGGCAGAGGAGGCUCUCGUUUCCACCAACAUUUGCCGCCCUCCAACCACCUCCACCAUCACUCGCCAAAGGAUCAACAGCAGCACCAUCAGUACCAGCUGGCUUCGCAGCAACAUCUUUCCGAGGAAAACAUCACAGACUCCCCGGCCAGGAAAGCCGCUGCCUCCCCCUCUCUCAGCCAGGUACACACCGCCGAGGACGCCCCGUCUUCAUCCACCGUUAGCGGCGGCGGCAGCCAUGUAUACGCGGCUGUGAACGUCGCUAAUACCUCGGACGUUGUAGAUGAUAUUAGAAAGUGUGGCUAUUUAAGAAAGCAAAAGCAUGGACAUAAGAGGUUUUUCGUGCUUCGAGCUGCCAGCCACCUCGGGCCGAGCCGCCUGGAGUACUACGACAGCGAGAAGAAAUUCAGGAACAGCCUGCGCACUGCUGCCGCGGCCGGCGGCGGAGCGGUCGCCCCUUCUCCCCCCAAAAGGGUAAUUUACCUCUACCAGUGCUUUACGGUAAACAAGAGGGCGGACUCAAAAAACAAGCACCUCAUUGCCCUUUACACUAAGGAUGAAUACUUUGCUAUAGUAGCUGAAAAUGAGCAGGAGCAGGAGGACUGGUAUGUAGCUGUCAGUGAGCUGAUGAGUGAGGGGAAAAGAGGCCACUUGGAUUCUGAUGAUUUAGAUGAUGGAUAUGGCACAGUCACUCCUGGUACUGUGUUUAAAGAGGUGUGGCAGGUUAAUGUAAAACCUAAAGGACUGGGUCAAACUAAAAACCUCACAGGUGUUUAUCGGCUAUGCCUCUCAACUAAAACCAUUCACCUGGUUAAGUUGAACUCUGAGACCCCGUGUGUUAAUCUUCAGUUGAUGAAUAUCAGGCGUUGUGGACAUUCAGAGAGCUUCUUCUUCAUUGAGGUGGGUCGCUCCUCCUCUAUUGGGCCAGGGGAGAUAUGGAUGCAAGUGGAUGACUCGGUUGUGGCCCAAAACAUGCAUGAGACUAUACUGGAGACAAUGAAAGCCCUGAAAGCAUUUGCAGAGUUUCGGCCACGCAGCAAAAGCCAGUCUUCGGGCUCCAAUGCCAUGUCAUUUAUCACAACACGGCGCCACCUGGGCAACCUGCCACCAAGUCAGACGGGGCUGCAGCGGCGGUCCAGGACGGAGUCUGUGGUCGGGACACCUCCGUCAAGUAAAAGCUCCGGAGCAAGCGGCUAUCGUUUUCGCACAUCCAGUGAAGGUGAGGGAACGAUGAACCGGCCGUUCCGCUCCACCACAGGUAGUCUGGUGCACCUUAAUUCAGCACGUGCUCAUCACAGUCGUCAGGAUGGGGCCAGCGGCAGUAACGGGAGUGGUGUAGCAGCCGGAAACACUGUGGCUACCAGCACCGGCACCGGACGCUACAUCAGAGCUAUUCCUGGAUCGUCGUCCACCUAUCACACUCGCUCUGCCUCACUGCCAGUCUCCCACUUCCCUUCCACCACCAGCCCGGUAAGUGUCUCCUCCAGCAGCGGGCAUGGAUCCGUCUCAGACACACUAACCCGCCCGUCAAGCGCAUCAAUAUGCGGCUCUCCUUCUGAUGGUGGCUUCAACUCUUCAGAUGAGUACGGCUCUAGCCCCGGUGACUUCAGGUACUUCAGAGUGCGAAGCAACACACCAGACUCUCUGGGCAACACCCCACCAAUCAGAGAGGAGAACUGUCUAAACGACUACAUGGCUAUGGGUUGGAACCGGGAAGUUUUUGGUACCAGCGUGGGCUCUGGAAGCAACAGCGGCGGUGACACACCACGGGAUGAAAGCACAUCAACAACAGAGGAUGAACGCUUUUCUUCAUCGUCACUAAGGAGGAGGACGCACUCUUUCUCCAGACCAGCCGGUGGUGCAACAGGAGGUUCUGGAGUGGCGGUUUAUCAGAAAAUGACUCAGACCAACUUCUCCUUGGAUGAGGGGUCAGAUGUGGUUUUGCCAUUCAGCAGCGGGCUCCUCCGAGGUGGCCCGCACUCCUCCACCUCCUCGCUCCGCUCUGACUACAGCUCCUGCUCCGAGCACAGCCAACAAAGCCGUCCCUCCACGCUCUCCCGGACGGGAGCCGGCACUGAGCGCCCUCCCAUUUCCUCCUCCUCCUCUGCCAAGGAGGACAGCGGUUACAUGCCCAUGAUGUGCGGCGUGGCUGCGUCGCCACGAGACACUACCCCCGACUACAUGCCUAUGCAACCCAGCUCUUAUCCCCAUCACAUCUCCCACUCUCCUCAAUUCCACAGCCCAGUUUUAGCGGCCCGCUCGGCCCACCACCAACAGCUCCAGCCCCAAUCUACAGACCCUCAUGGCUACAUGAUGAUGCUCCCAGGGGGCAGCGCCAGCUCCCCGUCCCCAGUUCAAGCCUCCCCCAGCCCUCACAGUGGUGUCAGUCAGAGUGACAGCAUAGUGGAAAGACCUGAGAAUGGAGAAUAUAUGGACAUGUCCUACAGCAGUGGUGGUGGCAGUCGCAGGCUUUUAAAUGAAGGGCCCAGCAGCCAUUACACCCCCAGCACACCUGAGGGGACACUAAAGUCUUACAGCCCGUAUUUCUCCCUCCCUCGUUCCUACAAAGCUCCAUCCAGAGAGAGGGAUGAAAAAGAGGAUGGGGAGUAUGUACCAAUGACCUCUCCUGCUAAGCCAGUUCAUUCAUCAGUCACAACAGCUUCAUUGUUAAUACCUGAAAAGAGAGGGGGUGGAGGAAGCAGCACCUCCACUCCCUCUCACCCGCCUCCACCUUACGGAGCUCACCAUACAACUGCGGCGAUGGCUGACAGACGCAUUGUGAGGCCUAACCGUCUUCCUUUAGGCAGAAGGAGUUUCCACGGUCCACUUCGGGUUAGCGUGUCCUCCUCUACAUCAGUCCCACCCACCGGGAGCUCGGCUGAGGGGCCAUCCAGUCCUGGGGAGUAUAUUAACAUUGAGUUUGGAGAUCACUUCCCCCACCAACAGCAGCCACCCACCUAUCUGGUCUCUGCCCACGAUGAACUGCCUUCCCUGGGUUCUGGCGUUCCCCGUUGCUCCCCUCCCCAGGCCCAGGACUACAUGAGUGUGGAGGUGGGGGCAGACCAGCAAGAUACAGCCGGAUGUCUGAGUAAAAACCAGUCACCCAGGCCCAGCCUUGUCGCACCCUGGAACCCGCCCAGCUACAUCCGACCCCUGGCAAGCAACCCUGGGGUGCUGGCCUCCCCCAGAGUUCAGGCGGGGGGUCACUGGAGAUCAGUAGAAGAUGACUACACAGACAUGACGUUUAACCUUGGCAAAGGAGAGCGGCCUCAAACCAGCCCAACAGACAUGCUGCAGCAUCUCUGUGUGAUUGAGGGGCAUUACGACCACACUCCUCCAACCUCCUCUUCAUCCAUUUCCACACCUCUUCCUCCAUCGAGCCCAGGCAGGGUACUGACGCACCAGCUGGAGCCCAAAGUGGUGCGAGCAGACCCCCAAGGCCGAAGGAGACACAGCUCAGAAACGUUCUCCACCUCCUCCUCCAAUUCAACUCCCUCUGGAGGAGGACAUGGCCCUUCAUCCUCAGCCACCCACCCCUCUCUGGCCAACUCUGCAGCCUCCAAUGGAUCAUACCUAACAGAGGGACAGACUUCCAGGUGGGCCAGCUCAGCAUCUUUCGACAGUGUGUGGAUGUCCAUGGAGGGCAUAGGAGAUUCGUCUUCUCUUCACGGGCAACAAAGACCGACAGAAAUGGCCACUGGGACCCCAGCAUCCUCAACCCCCACCUCCUCAGGGGCUGGAGCCAGCAGAAUAUGCAGGAACAUGUCCGUCGGCUACCAGAACGGCCUCAACUACAUCGCCUUGGAGCUGAAGGAGGACGGGAGUAACGUGGGAGCCGUGACGACGGCGGUCAGUAGCAACGGGAGCACGGCGGGGACAGUGGGGAUGGUGCCUCUUCCAGAAAACGGAGCCUACGCCAGUAUAGACUUCACCAAAUCAGAUGGAGUCACAACAAGCAAAGACUGAGAAGCAGAGAUCCAGCUCGUGCCGCCUCCUCAUAUCUCUUCUUUGGGCACUUGACUCUACUGGGACCUUUGCCCUCCCCCCCACCACUGACCUCUGACCUUCCCUCACAUUAAGAAGCUGCUCCUCUCUAGAGGGAGACAUUACAACGUGACAGAAAGCGCUUUGCAGUUGUUGUUGUUUUUUUGGGGUUUUUUUCUAAGUGUUUUUCCAUUGUGUCAUUUUUGUGUUUUAUAUGCAUACCCUUGUCUUGUUAAUUGCCCCCCCCAAUGGCGGCGGUGGCUGAGGGGCAUCAACACAAUGCAGGCAUUUUUUUCUUGUUUCUUUUGAAUCAGAUCGCUCUGCUUUUCAAUGCGGUAUAAUAAAGGUAAAAGGGAAGUCAGAAUUCAAAGCAAAGGCAUUAUGGAAGCUUUUAUGCUGCAUUGACUUAGAAAAUAUAAUUUUCCUCAUUUAUCAUUAGAAUUUUUUCCCCUAUGCAUUAUUCAGCCUUUACAACUAUUUAAUUAUGAGCAAUUUUUUGGUAGAAAAAAAAAACAAAAAUAUAUUUUUUUAGAUUUCUUUACGUGUCCCCCCCCCCACGUUAUAUGGUACAAGCUUGUGGCUGGGUCCAUUUUAGCUUCAGUGUGGCAUUGCACAAGUAUCAUGCUUGUUCCCAGGUAUGACACAGUACAAAUGAUCAUUCUGCACGGUGCUCACGCCUCAGCGGUGGAGUGGCAUCCAUCGUCUCAGCGUGCAGCUCCAAGUACAACUAAAUAACUCAACUGCGGUACUGCGCCAGUAGGUGUGUUAAUGCAACGGGACACCAUAAAACAUUACUGUAUUCAUUUUACUUACUGAAUAUUAUUUAUUUUUUACAGUGGGUACAGUUGUUCCGGUACAUUUCUUUGUUUACUUCCCUGACUUAUUAGUACUUAGCAGGGCGGGAAAAUAACUUCUGACUGUGCUGAGAUGGCUUUCUUAUCAGAACGGGGCUAAUUAAACCAGGCCAUUAAUUAAUAUCAGAGACACCAUUAAAGCUUAGUUUCCAUGUCUUUGUUGAGAGGUUUUCCUCGCCUGAUGUGUCAAAUUCAAGAGCCCAACAGCAGAUCUGGACACUAAUAAUUCCAAUACGCUGUUCUUUUUUUUUUUGACGGGACUGUAUGAAGUACUUAAGAGCAAUUAGUGUCUUACUCUUCAUAGACGAGUCGGAUCGCUUUCAGUUUGGAAAAGUCAGGAGGAUUCCUUACUGGCAGGCUAAGUUAAAAGCUACUUGGAACAGGGAUGAGUGAAUUUUGAGUUACUGGACUGUAGUUGGUAUUAGCUUGACCUGCUUGUAAUAAUUUGCUCUGAUUUUCCAAACUUGAGUGUUUUCACUGCUGUAGGCCAGAUGUGACUGUUCAGAAGUACUUGACACAGUCCCAUUUAAAAAAAGAAAACUGAUGCAGCCUGUCGAGCUAAGCUAACUUCCAGUCUGCAAAUGUUAGCCAGAGUUUGAAUAAACAAAUGUGAGAAAAAUCAAGUUGUUAAAAAGAUGGUUGGAAGCUGCGAUGGUUAGCGGAUGGAGGUUAUUUUCCCGCUCUGCUGCUUGCUGGUUUAUCUCCGUUUUCUGCACAAAGCACUGUUGAAGUGGAAAGUGUUGAAGUCUGUUUGUUACUUUUUGUUAAAAGAUUUAUUUAAUGCAGUCUACAGAACAUUUCAGGUUAGCAAAGGAGAGUGGUGCUGUGAAAGGUAAAGCACAAGUUGCAGGCAGUGACACUGGGAUGCACGAGUAUGAUACACUCACAUGAAAUGCAAGUAGAUGGUGUACUGUACCCUGCAGGCAGCAGCAUGCACACAUAUGUCGGUCAUGUGCCAUCCUCCAUGCCUGCCCUCAUAAUGCAGACACAUGCUCUUCUUAGUCAUGCAGCCCUGUUCAGGUGAGGUUUAGCCCAUUUUGGUCCUUUGUCAGCACCUUGUGAUCACAUAUCAGAUUUUUUUCACACACACAUGUUCGUCAGUGGCUCUGGGUGAUGUAAAAGAGGUUCCAGUAACCUGAACUGCAGCCCCAGGUGCACCAAGCUGGACAUACCCUACCCCAUGACAGCCUCACACACAGACACACUUUGAAGGGCAGCAAGCUCCCACGUCUUAGCCGAGUCUCGCUGGUCUUCUCUCUCACACACUUCACACACUGAUAUGAUCGUGCUGAUCAUUCUCUAAUUGUGCUACUGUCCCAUAACUAGCCCCAAACAUGAAGACUGACAGCCGGCAUUGUCCUCAGAAUUGCAGCUUUUGUUUAGCAUUCACUUAUCCAACACUAGUUUUGUUCUUUUGUUCAGCCCAUUUUUAUUGUUCUUUGCCCAGUGACAGCUUGUCACAUCAUGGUGCAGAGCUGGGAGGAAGGGAUGGAGCUGACGUAUCUCUAGGAAGCUCUUAAGGUUUGGUUCAGAGAGCAGGAUGGACAGGGUUUUGUCACAAUGUCAAUAAGGUUCAGAUGACUGAGAAGGAAUUAAAAGUUCUGCACAUUUAUGACUCCGUGUUCAUUCAGAUUUUUAGUAUUUGUGACCACUUAGACCAGGGGUGCCCAGUCCUGGUCCUCAGGGGCCAUUGUCCUGCAGAGUUUUAGAGGUUUUUCUGCUCCAACACAGUUGAUUAAAGUUUUAACAGAUUUACCCAACAACUACUCAAGUUCUGGUUCAUUUAAGUGUGUCGAAGCAGGGCAAUCUCUAAAACAUCCCUGAGUUAGACUGUAUGGAAAUUACGAUGAAAUGUUGUUAGUGUCUACAAUUAGUUAAAUUAGGUACAAAUCAACUCAAAGUCUCUGGACUUCAGUCAGGUAACAAAGAGAUUUUCUGCUGGCAGCUUUAAGUUGUGACCAAUUCCAGUUUAAGUUCAAAGAACUAUAAUCAAACCAAUAAGAUAAUUUUGUACUAUGUUUUAAUUAAACGUUCAGCUUUUAAAAAAUACAAAUAUAAACACCAAGAGGCACCAGGCUGCAAAGUGUUCUCUCUUUGUUGGUGGAAUUCCAAAGUACAUGAAAUACUCCACCUUCCUGGAAGGAGGUGUCGCUUAAAAACUCGAACAGAGUUUAAGUUUUUUUCUCUUUCUAGUAAUCUGAAAAUGUAUGAGAUCACCAGAUCAGUAAAUGUGGUAAAACCAGAAGGAUCCAACAAAGUACAGCAAAUGAGUUCAGUGUGAUGACUUGACAAGGAUUUUAGAUCAUCUAAAUACUCUUAUUACAGAUGUAAAAAAUGUCAGCUUUGUGCCUUCAUUUAAUAUUAAAAACUUAUGAUUAGAUGUUUGAGAUAUUCUUAGAUCAAUCAGCUGAUCCGUAAUUUUAAUGAGAUUUUCUGCUGAGAAAAUGUUGGAACAGUUGGAUCCUUAUUGUGCAGUUUUUAAACAAAAAAUGGUCAGUAAACUUUCCUCAGAGGAUUUCAACUCUUAGCUUUAGUUCUCUUUCUACGGCCACGCAGUGUCUGAACCGAUGACAAAAUCUCAUUCAUCAGCUGCGAACAACCAUCCUCAUCGGUUUCCUGUGAUGAUCUGCCCGACGUACCACAGAUCUUUGAUGUCACAUGGUUUUUAGCCAGUGGUUUAUGGAGGUAAAUCUGGUCCUGAAACAGAAAUCAACAAAAGAUUGUACCCUUGUUGUGGCGCUCCUGCAGGUAAGACCCAUGUUUUAAAUGGUCUGAAUUACAGAUAAUUGUCAACAAAAUGCUGUUUAAAGAUUUUAAGUCUGUGACGUGUCUUAUAUGUAUAGGAACAAUUUGAGGUACUUUCAUUCGCCCCCCCACCUUGUUUGUUUUUUUCCCAUUUUAAAUGAACAAAGAUUUGUUUUAUAUUUUGGGAGCAGCCCGGGACAAAUAAAUUUAGUAUUAUUUUAUUUUUUUUAUGUUUGCAAAAUGUUUUUGUGUAUUUACUAUGCUACAGUGACAUGUUGCAUUUGGAUUUUUGAUGCUAUCGCAAGUUUAAAAAAGGAGAAAAAGAAAAAAAAUGUGUUGCUAGAUUUUUGGGGGAAUUUUGGAAUGAAUCCCACUUAUUUAUUUGAAGCAUUAUUCAGAAAUGUUGGUGUCAGAUUGCCUUCAUGUUGGACUUUUUAACCUGUUUAAAUCCUAACAGAUUUGAGGUUGAACUGUCAACUCGGUUCACCCUCGAAUCUGUCUUUUGUUUUUUGUUUGUUUUGUUUGUUUUUUUGAGUAAUUAGAUGUGUAGGAAUCUACAUCAUUAUGCAAACUUUUUUCUUUUCCCUCCAUUAUCUUUAUUUUGUAUUCUAGUUUACAGAAGAAACAGAUCAUCUUAUAUUUGGUUGUUUUGUUGGAUCAGGGCUUCUCUAAAAACAAAGCAAUUCAAGGAUAGGUUUUCUUUGUUUUUGUUUUUUUAUUUUUAAGAGUACGUAGGCAUUUUGCAGUUAUUUGUAUAAAAAUGGGUUACAACUUGCUCGUUUUUUUUCUUUUGGUUUUUUUGUUUUUGUUUUUGUUUUGUUUGGGUUUUUUUUUUUUUUUUUUACUAUAAUACAGUUCAUUUGCUGCUGUGUAGUACAGUUAACAGUCAGUGAGGAUGAAGAUGAUGACUAUUACCCGCAAUCAGGUAAAGAUCUUUUUCCCCUCCCUCUGAAUGCUUUCGAAACUUCAGAGAAUUUUGAAGGAAUUUCAGGAGAGUAAGCGAACCCCAAUCUUACCAGCUUCAUGUGUUCUUGUUUUCCGGGUUGAAUGCCAUUGUUUAUUAGCUUUACAGGAAAGAGCGAGUUAAAAAGAAAAUUACUGUGGAGGUGUGUAUCUUGCAUUAUUUUUCAGCGAUGUACGUCCUGUACAAGAAAAAGAAUUGUCUAAAAAAAAAAGAGAGAAAAAUGUUGAAAAUGAAAUCCUCCUUGUGUAAAUAAGGACUGUUACUGUUACAUGUUAUGACUGGCACCUCGGCUGGUGCCCCAUCCCCUUGUUUCUUUCUCUUUUUUUUCCCCUCCCUUUCUGUCUUUCUCUCUUUUGUUUUCUUGUGGAGGGAACGGGGCGCAGGAGGGGUACUCGGAGGCGAUUUGAGCAUUGGCAUAGUGUUUAUAUUUAUCAAAACUUUUUUGCUUUCAAUAGAGCUAUUGCAAUAAAAAUGUGUUCAUGUAA